CCAAUCAGUAAGUUUAAUAUGACAAGUCUUUGAAUCCCACAUCGGGGUGUUUGAGAAGUCAAGAACAAAUAGUAAUUAACGGUAAAACCCCCGCUGGUAUAUUGGAAUUUUGUUCCAACACACCAAGCUACCGCGAGAGUAAAGCAUCAUUGAGGCAAGUCAUCAAUGGUUUUUGCUUGCUGCCGUGUCUAUAGAUUAUCUGUUAGGCAAAAAUUAGCUGGAAUCACGAAGAGAUACAAAAUUAUCUGUUUGGUUCUGCCACAUUAUAGAUUAUCAACGAUAUAUGAGACAAAUUUCAUCGAUUCUACCAGCCUAGGAAAAAUAUAGAGAAAUAUAGAUAUAUGUGGAUCUUCACAAAUAUAUAAGAUUCAUUGAUUAAUGUGAUAGUGACAGUGUCCCAGAAUAUACGGAUUAGUACAGCAUAGUGCAAACUGCAGACGUCAUCUCGUUCAUUAAUUCUGCGGCAAUGCCAACAAUUAAAUCUAUCGCAACUGUGGAAAAUAUGAACCGUCCAAUACAGGUGAAACCUGCAGACAGUGAAAGCCGGGCAGGCCAGGAGGACAGAAAGCUGUUCAUUGGCAUGCUCAACAAACAACAAGCUGAGGAAGAUGUGAGAACAAUCUUUCAGCCAUUUGGAAAAAUUGAAGAAUGUACUAUAUUACGGGAUCAAAACGGUAACAGUAAAGGCUGUGCGUUUGUGAAGUAUAGCGGUCACACAGAAGCACAAGCUGCAGUUAAUGCUCUACACGGAUCUCAAACCAUGCCUGGUGCCUCAUCAAGUCUUGUUGUCAAGUUCGCUGAUACUGAGAAAGAACGUCAGCUCCGGAGACUCCAACAAAUGGCGGGUCCACUUGGCGUGUUGAGUCCCUUUGCGCUGACACAAUAUGGUGCUGGAAGUACUGCCUAUGGAGCAUAUACUCAAGUUCCGCAAGUAUUACAAUCGGGACAAACGCUUCUCACUCCAAAUGGAGGCGCCGGCUACAUGCCUUUGGCCACUGCCGCCAUGGCGCAAGAGGAGGGCUUUCAGAACCCUACGUUGGUACAACAACAAGCUGCAUUGAUGGCUGCCGCAACACAGGGUGGUGCCGCUGCCGGAUACAUCGCCAACCCCAUGGCCACAGCAGCAUUGGCAGCACACAUGCAGCAGAUGUCCGCCCUUACCCCUAACGGCCUCCCAGGGUCUGCGGCCAUGACACCCACAACUGGUGAACUAGUCAAUGCCAGUUCAACGAUGAACGGUACCCCUCCCACAAUUCUCUCCCCAACUGGCACAGCAAGCUUUGCCGUUCCCGUCACUAAUGGUGAAAUGGGACCUGCUGUUUAUACCAAUGGAGUGCCUCAGUAUACAGCACAAAUGACCAAUGGUGACCCAUUACAGCAAGCCUACUCUGGAAUGCAGCAGUAUGCUG